CAUCGAUACGCGAGACAUUUGACUACAAAACAAGUGGAGUUAAGAGCGCCAGUCUGAUCCCAGUCCUGGGAGCAGAAGAGUGUCUUUGUACUGCAUCUGAUGUGGUCAUACGGACAAUGCCUUGUCCAACAGCUCCAGUGGCUGGAAAACUUGCUACGGGUUCGUGUCUGACACCGUCCGACUUUACACGAAGUGGCAGAUGGUUACAAAUCACUAGAGACCAGGAACCUUCGGGUUACCUGUUUGAAACUGAUGUUUUACAAACUAAGCCGUGCUCAGGUUACCAUUCUAGAAGAGCAGAUUCGCACUGUCCUUCUCAUUGUCAAUCUGAUUGCUGUGGCGAUGGUCAAAGUUUGCAUCACCAUGGACUAAGCUGUUAUUCAUGUGCUGAGCACUGUUGCAAUCAUAAUCCAGAUGAUGGUCCGGAGUGGUCUAACUGGAGCCACUGUAGUGGAAGCUGUGGGCAGGGAACCAGAAGUCGGACCUGUACAAAUCGCUGUCACUCAUUACACUCAAAUACACAAACUGAAACAUGUCACCACUUGGUAUCGUGUCCUGUCUGGACCACUUUUAGCGAGUGUUCCGUUACCUGUGGAGGGGGAACUCAGUCAAGACAUUGUACAUAUCACUGUUACGGACUUCACAGUCAUAGUGAAACAAAAGCAUGCCACAGACCAGCAUGUGAACCAGUGGUGAACCCCGUGUCUGAUCACGUGUGUGACAAGGUCUCUGUCGUCCAAGCAGUCGCUCUUCAGGUCGCAGAGAAUUGCUCCGGUCAAGGUCAUCUACCAUUCACACCGUUCGUGAUCCAGCAUUGUAGAGCUCCGGCAUCCGUUGCCGACUGGGUCGCUGGUUAUAAGGUAUCGACAAGCUGUAACACACUCGCAAUGUACUCACCUGUCGCAACAUUCUACAACAGUGGUCACCAUGAUAUCAUGACAGGAGUGUUUGUUGGAUGCGCGACCAAUGACGAAUUCAAGGUAAUCACUAGCUCCUGCGGAGUGUCACCACAGGUUAUGCACAUUUCAAGCAAAAAUGGGACAUUCAAUCACUUUUACCAAGUAAAGUGGUAAUUAUUGGAAUAAAUCAUUUCUACAUUA